CUUGUGGGCUGUGGCACCUGGUUACUCUCAACUCUCAACAGUCAACAGUCUUGUCGCAACUCGGAAUUCUAAUAAACAACUCCAACACUGAAAACCACAACACAACACUCUUACUUUGUUUGCUUCUGUCAUUCAUCACUCAUUCAUGAUGUCAACUGUUCAUCUUUCUUCCCCUACGUCUCUCUUCAAAUCUUAUAACCUCAAUCUCUCUUCCUCCAAUUCCAUCUCUCAACUUUCAUUCCAUUCUAACCCCCCAUCCAAACGCUCACCCAAAACUCUCACCAUAACCUCCUCCAACACCUCUCCAACUCUCGGCAAUGAUUACACUAACUCUUCUUCCCCUUACUAUGCCAUGGCACGAACACGAGAAGGAUCAAAUGAAGAACGCACCAAAACUAAGAUCGUUUGUACAAUUGGUCCUUCUACCAGCUCACCUGACAUGAUUUCCAAACUCGCCGAAACCGGAAUGAACGUAGCACGUUUGAAUAUGUCACAUGGUGACCACAAUUCACACCAGAAAACUAUUGAUUUCGUUAAACAAUACAAUUCUCAAUUCCAAGACAGAGUUAUAUCCAUCAUGCUUGACACCAAGGGUCCUGAAGUUAGAAGCGGGGAUGUGCCCCAACCAAUAUUGCUCAAAGAGGGGCAAAUAUUUAAUUUCACUAUUAACAGAGGGGUCUGCACACAAGAUACUAUCAGUGUCAAUUAUGAUGAUUUUGUCAAUGAUGUGGAGGAUGGAGACGUACUUCUCGUUGACGGAGGAAUGAUGUCUCUUGUUGUUAAGUCAAAGACAAAAGAUGUGGUUAAAUGUGAAGUUAUUGACGGAGGAGAACUGAAAUCUAGGCGUCAUUUGAAUGUUCGUGGAAAAAGUGCUACACUUCCUUCCAUAACUGAGAAGGACUGGGAGGAUAUUAAGUUUGGGGUGGAUAAUCAAGUAGACUUCUAUGCUGUGUCAUUUGUCAAGGAUGCUAGAGUGGUUUAUGAGUUAAAAGAAUACCUCAAAAAACACAAUGCUGAUAUACACGUGAUUGUAAAAAUUGAGAGUGCUGAUUCCAUACCAAAUCUUCAUUCUAUACUUUCAGCUUCAGACGGGGCCAUGGUUGCUCGUGGGGACCUUGGAGCUGAACUCCCAAUAGAAGAAGUUCCUUUACUGCAGGAUGACAUCAUUAGAAGAUGUAACAAAAUGCAAAAGCCAGUUAUUGUGGCUACAAAUAUGCUUGAAAGCAUGAUUAUUCAUCCCACACCAACUAGAGCGGAAGUCUCAGACAUUGCAAUUGCAGUAAGACAAGGUGCCGACGCUGUCAUGCUUUCAGGAGAAACUGCACAUGGAAAAUAUCCAUUGAAAUCUGUUAAAGUUAUGCAUGCGGUGGCUCUCAGGAAUGAAUCAAAUGUUUUUAGAAGUGAUGCUUAUCCAAGUCAUUUGAGAUUCCACAAGAGUCAUAUGGGAGAAAUGUUUGCUUUCCAUGCAACAACUAUGUCUAACACUCUUAAUACUCCUAUUAUUGUGUUCACCAGAACUGGAUCCAUGGCUAUUCUUUUGAGCCAUUAUAGGCCCAACUCAACAAUAUUUGCAUUCACAAAUGAAGGAAGGAUUAAGCAGAGAUUGGGACUUUAUCAUGGUGUUAUGCCUAUAUACAUGCAAUUUUCAAAUGAUUCAGAGGAGACAUUCGCUAGAGCUCUCAAGCUACUGUUGAGUAAAGGCCAUAUACAAGAGGGACAAUAUGUUACUCUUGUUCAAAGCGGAGCACAACCAAUCUGGCGUAAAGAAUCCAUUCACCACAUUCAAGUUCGCGAGGUUCAUGGAUAAAUUUCUUCUGUAAAGGGUCUUUCUUUCUCACGAGUAUGCAAUAGCCUUUUCUUUUCUCGCUCACUUGUAAUUAAGUCUUGCUAUGAAUUGUAAUUUUUAUUGCUAUGCAUUUGAAACAGCUAGUUGGGUAAUUGAGGAGCUUCUGUAAUGCAAAUAAUGAUUUGUGAAGCAAAUUUUCACUCACUAUUGCUUGUUAAGUAUGCUCUUUACUAUUACAAAUUCCUAUGUUGUUUUGCUUUGGAGGAAUUGUUGUUUGCACCUUUGAGUGCAUUUAGUAAAUUUCUUAAAUCACAUGUUUAUGUUUUCCUUUUUGUUAGUGAUCUUAUACAGAACUUAUUCUGUCAAUAUACUACAAGCAGUAUAAUUUAGUUAGUGCCUUAUUUUGUUCUUCCUAAGUGAUCUUAUGCAGGAUGCUUUGCCAGUCCACAAUACUGUAGGAAUGACUUUGGUAUGCUGCUAACAAUUCGGAUGCAUUAUGAAGACAUCACAGUUGGAAAUCCAAAUAACAUAUUUAACUCAUUAUUUAUCAAUGGAACUUACAAAUGGGAAAGAAGGAAGGAUUCCUGGGACCCUAAAACAGUCAUUGUCUCGUUGAGGUUAAGUUUACACAACUGGGCUUUAAGAACGUAAAUGGAAAAUAUGGAUGUGUCCUAAAGACAGGUUAAAGUUGGAAGAGAAUCAGAGACUCGUGUCAGAAGGGUUUCCCUUUCUGUAAACCCGCAAAGCAUUUCUUCCAAUGGAACAUAUGAUCAAGAUUAUUUCUACCAGUUGCUCCUUCUUUCUCUUAUUAGUAUUGCCUGAGUUAUGCCUCAUGCGAAUUAGACUGUUAAGCUACUUGGCUCAUCAUUUUCUUUGGGUUUCUCGCCCAGCUGUAUACUCUUGUACCAUUUUGCACAUGCAAUAUAGGCGAUCAAGUCCAUCGAUGUCAAGGCUGCUAAGAGGAAGUAAAACCUAUCUAGGUGACCUUUAUUGAGGUUUCCUGGGAUCCACCCUGGCAUGUGAUCCUCGGUAGAUAUCUUCAUAACUAUACUGACAAGUAAGCUACUUACAUAGUUGCCAAGGGAUAUGGAUGUCAUGCAAAGUGCACUUCCGAAACUCUUUAAGCCAUCUGGUGUCUGAGCAUUGAAGAACUCUAACUGCCCUACAUACAUAAACACCUCAGAAGCUCCGAUAAAUGUGUACUGAGGAAUUUGCCAGAAGAUGCUCAAAGUACUCGACUCUUUGCAGUGGGUGCAUGAUUGGUCUGCAUGCUUAAGCCUAUAGCAUUCAACUAUUCCAGCUGAAAGCAUUGCUAUCACAGCUAUAACAAGUCCAACUCCCAUUCUCUGAAGCUCGGUAAGUCCUUUAGAGUCUGACUUUUUAAGCUUUCCCACAAAUGGAUCAAGAAUUCGACGAUAAAAGAAAAUGAAGACAGCCACACUGAUAAUAUCAAAGCUAGACAUGCUAGCUGGUGGUACUUUGAAAUUGGAAACAGUAGUUUUCAUGGCAGCACCUUGCUCCACAAAAAGAGAAGCCAUUUGUGUGAAAACCACCGAGUAUAUUAUGGUGCAGAGCCAAAUCGGAAGAAGUCUUAGUAUGCACUUUACCUCUUCAACUUGACUUACAGGACAGAGACGCCAUGGACUGUAACUUGCGGACUUCUGGUUAUCAAGAUCUCUUGAAGAUACAAACGCUGCCCUAUCCAAGAACCUUCACAAGAAAAGAAGGAAAGUUGAUCAAUUCGUUUUAAUUUACUAGAAUCAAGAAUGGCCAAUAAUGCUGAAAAAUUAAUUUUGUUUACUAAGUAACAAAGUUAGCUAAAUAUUAAUGGAGAAGCAUUUCAUGCUCACAGCCCCGGAUAUACACAUCAGCUACAUAUGAAAGCAUUGUUGUGCAGCUGAAGGUAGCUUCUAGUACUUACUUGAACCCGUGAGUGUGGAGGAUUUUUCUGUUCAUAUUAGCAGAUGACUCCUUUGUAUCCAUGUUAUACAAAUCCUCUCCGUUUGAUGGCAUUUGAACUUUCACUUUCCUUGAUGCGGCUACGAGGACUUGGCAAAACCUGGCGAGAGGGUUGCCACUAGGCUUGAAAUGUCGGUACCUUGGGGUGCCUACUAGAAACAGUAUCAGUGCAGCAAAAGCCGAGCCUGCAGACAGCCAGAAACCCAGAGCCCACAUUCCUUCAUCCUCAAAAUAGACCAGAAUGGUGUUUGAAAAGAGUUGCCCAAAGUUCAAAGCCAGGUAGAAGUAGCUGAAGAAGGCCACUUUAUUGAGACCCUCUCUCGAAUGCUCCUCGUCAAACUGAUCAGCUCCAAAUGUAGCAAUAUUUGGUUGAUAACCUCCAUUCCCUAAGGCAAUGAGAUAGAUUGAAAGGUUGAACAUCCCCAUCUCCCAACCUGAAUGUUUUCCACAUGGAAUCGUUUCAUUCCCACAGCCUUUUGGUUUAAUCAAGAAGAGGUAUGAUGACAGUGAUAAGGACAUUAGACCCUGUCAUAUAUAUAUUGAUCAGUCAAGGAAAUAAUGUAUCAUCUCGAAAACAAAGAUAGUACGGAGAUGAAAAAUGAGAGAAAACAUGAGGAACUACUUACUAGGACAAAAAUGACUUGAAAGACAGCACAUGUUUUAUAUCUUCCCCAAUAAGAGUCACUAAGGAAAGCUCCCACAAGAGAAAAGAUGUAAACCGUUCCAGUCCAUUUGCUCACAUUGUUUGCGGCUUCUGCAUUAUUUUGUCCUACCACCCUUGUCAGGAAUACCACUAGGUUCACUCCAAUCCCAAAGAAUGCCAGAGUUGCCAGACAUUGGUUCACUGAUCAAUAGAUACAAUGAAU